AUGCAGGAUUCCUUCUGGAAGCGCACUACUCGACGCACCGAAGAGUGCAAGACAGGCGCGAAAAGCGCAGCCACCAACCACCAACAGAGCGCAGCGAGUGCCAAGUGGCCCGUCGGUGCCGGGGGAUGGGCGUCGGCCGAGGUGCGCGGUGCAGCUGGCGACUGGCGACUGGCGACUGGCGACUGGCGACUGGCGACUGGCGACUGGUGGGCGGCCGCUGAGUGGACGGGCGUGGGGCGUGUCGAGACCCCCACUUCCCCCCACUGCGCUACGGCCGCGCAGAACGCUUCGCGCCCCUUGCAGGCCCGUCGCCGCCAGUGA